CCACGAUUCUCUCUGCACGUGUUGUUGUUUGACUUGUUGUGUCGUUGUCGUCUUUGAAUAUAUUAUUAUAGAGGAGAAUUUUGUAGUGUUGUACAUAUUGUAAAAUUAUCAAGAGAUUGCAAAGAGUGUAUUAUUAUUGUCAUUGAGUAUCUUAAUAAUCAUAGAGUGUAUUCGUCAUCAUCAAAAUUAUAAAUUAUCAACAAUAUGAGUAAUAGUGAUAGUAGUGAAGGUAGUUUGGAUAUUACCAUCUCUGAAGAAACACAAAGUAGAUCCCAAAUUGCUAAAGCCAUCCUCAAGGAAAAGUAUGGUUCACAAAAACUGGUAAAGGAAGGUGUAUCCACUUGGACUGAUCUUCUUAAAUCACGUCUUUCAUUGGCUGAUUUUGAUGUCAUCAAGGUUAUUGGUAGAGGUGCUUUCGGAGAAGUAAUGUUAGUCAGAAAGAAGGAUUCAAAGGAAGUUUUGGCUUUGAAAAAGUUGAUCAAGAAGGAAAUGAUGAAGAAGAAGCAAAUUCUCCACGUUAGAGCAGAAAGAGACAUUUUGGCCCAUUCUAAUAAUCCUUGGAUUGUAGAUUUACGUUAUUCAUUCCAAGAUGAUGACAAUCUCUACUUGGGUAUGGAAUUCUUACAGGGAGGAGAUUUGAUGACUUGGUUGAUAAAGAAGGAAAUUUUCACGGAAGAACAAACAAGAUUCUACAUUGCAGAACUCAUUCUUGCUGUUGAAUCUAUUCACAAAAUGAAUUAUGUACACAGAGAUUUGAAACCAGAUAACAUUUUACUCGAUUCUAGAGGUCACAUCAAGUUGACUGACUUUGGAUUGUGUAAGCCUUUUGAUGAAGAUCCAUUCGAGGAUGUCAGUGAAGAAGAAAUGAAACAAGCUCAACAAAAUGAUCAAAAAGGUCCAAUUGACAAGGUUGACUCAUUGUCUAGAAGAGAAAAGAUGAGAAGUUGGAAGAUUGAAGGUAGAAAAAUGUUAUAUUCCACUGUUGGUUCACCUGGUUAUAUUGCUCCAGAAGUUUUGUUAAAGAAGGGAUACAGAUAUGAUUGUGAUUGGUGGUCUGUUGGUGUAAUUAUGUACGAAAUGAUUUAUGGUUAUCCACCUUUCUAUGCUGAUGAUCCAAUCAAGACAUGUCAAAAGAUUGUCAGAUGGAAACACUUUUUGGAAUUCCCUGAUGAUAUUAAUGUUAGUGCUGAUGCUAAAGAUUUACUUCAACAUUUAUUAUGUGACACUGACAAACGUUUGGGAUCAGAAGAUGAUAAAUCAAGAGGAAUUGAUAUUAUCAAGAAACAUCCAUUCUUCAACGGAUUUGAUUGGUAUACUGUCAGAUCCAAACAAGCUCCAUUCACACCUGAUGUCAAAUCUGAUUUGGAUACAACCCACUUUGAUGAAUUUGGUACACCUGGUGUUAAUAGCCCAACUGUUCUCUCCAAAUCAAAGGUUGCCAAAAAUCAAGUAGCCGAAUUUACUAAUUUUACCUAUGUCAGAGAUCAAGAUAAGAGCAGAAAAGGUUUGGAUUCAAUCUUCCCAAAUCAAAAAUAAAUUUUACAACACAUUCAACAUUC